UCAUGGGAAAUCGUUUCAGUUUUCAAAGUGACAAUGAACAAGUUAAAACUGAUAUUAAUAUUGGCAAUUUUGCCAACGAUUUUCGCGGCAUCGCGUCGUCCCAAGGAAUUGGAAUUGAAACAGGCCGAAAUGUGUAGCCGUGAUAAAUGUGUGGCGCCCAAUUGCCGUUGCUCGGCAAUGGCAUUGCCGAAGCCAGAAUUUAAGGGGCACGAAAAGGAAAUACCACAGUUCAUUACAGUUACCUUCGACGAUGCUGUGACCGCCUUGAAUUAUGAACAAUAUCAGGAGCUAUUUGGCAAUUUGAAAAACCCGGAUAACUGUGAGGUCCGUGGCUGUUUUUAUGUAUCCCAUGAGUACACCGACUACAGCAAAGUGAAUGCCCUCUACAAUGAAGGUCAUGAAAUCGCUUUGCACUCGAUUACCCAUGGUGCGGGUACCGAUUAUUGGCGUAAUGCCGAUGUUGAGCUUUUGAUGCAAGAAUUUGGUCAACAAAUCGAUAUUCUGGAAACCUUUGCCAAAAUUGAUCGACGUCACAUUCGGGGAAUGCGUUUACCAUUUUUACAGAUAUCUGGCAAUAACUCCUUCAUUGCUGCCAAACGUUUGGGUCUACUCUACGAUAGCUCUUGGCCCACCCAACAAUAUCGUAAUCCGGCCAUGUGGCCUUAUACUUUGGAUUAUUUGUCGCUGCAGGACUGUCAGAUACCACCGUGUCCGACAGUAUCAUUGCCUGGCCUGUGGGAAAAUCCCAUGGUGUCAUGGGUGGAUAAUGAGGGCUAUAGUUGUUCCAUGUUGGAUGGUUGCAUAUUUUUGCCACCCGAUAAUGUACAGAGCCUAUUCGAGUGGAUGAAGGGAAAUUUCCAUCGGCAUUAUGACAACAAUCGGGCGCCAUUUGGCAUGUAUUUGCAUGCUGCAUGGUUUGGUCGCAGCCCGAAUUAUUUGAAGGCUUUCAGGAAAUUUUUGGAAUAUGCCAACUCCUUGCCCGAUGUCUACAUCACCACUCCCUCGGCUGUGAUCCAGUACAUGAAACAUCCCAAUUUGGGCAAACCGUUUAGGGGUUGCUUCAAAAAACCCCAAAGUAGCUGUAAGCCCGUCACCUGUGCCCUGGCCAAAACUAAUGGUGAAAUGCGCUACAUGACCGUGUGCGAUAAAUGUCCCGAAAUCUAUCCCUGGUUGGGUAACCCACUUGGUGAAAUAUAAAUAAUUUUUUGUAUUAAAUUAAUGAAAAUAAAUUUGAAUAAAAACCAG